GAAGCACAUCCCGGGAAGAAAAAUGCGUUGUGGACCCCUGUGCCGAUUCCUGUGGCUUUGGCCCUAUCUGUCCUACAUUGAAGCUGUGCCCAUCCGAAAAGUCCAGGAUGACACCAAAACCCUCAUCAAGACGAUUGUCACCAGGAUCAAUGACAUAUCACACACGCAGUCCGUCUCCUCCAAACAGAGGGUCACUGGUUUGGACUUCAUCCCUGGGCUCCUCCCUGUCCUGAGUUUGUCCAAGAUGGACCAGACAUUGGCGAUCUACCAACAGAUCCUCACCAGUCUGCCUUCCAGAAAUGUGAUCCAAAUAUCUAAUGACCUGGAGAACCUCCGGGACCUUCUCCACCUGCUGGCCUCCUCCAAGAGCUGCCCCUUGCCCCAGGCCAGAGCCCUGGAGACCUUGGAGAGUCUGGGCGGCGUCCUGGAAGCCUCCCUCUACUCCACGGAGGUGGUGGCCCUGAGCAGGCUGCAGGGGUCUCUGCAGGACAUGCUGCGGCAGCUGGACCUCAGCCCUGGGUGCUGAAGCC